AAAAAAUAAAAAUAAAUCAAAAGGGUGAAGAAGAAGUUUGCUUCAUCCUCCUUCUUUCUCUUGCAUUCUAGGGCUUCCGCCUGCAAUUUUCUUUCUCUUCCCCUCUUUCUCUCUCCUUCUCUCCCUCUCCCUCUUUUCAACCCUAAAUUAAUUCCUCAUUCAACACAAUCCGAUCAAUCAGAACACCCAACGGUGAGUAAUAAUCCGACCACCGGAGUAUCUCCGGCUGGCGGCGUACGCCCGUCCGAUUUUGCGGCAACGACGCUAAUUUCUGAGCUUUAUUCUAAUUUUACGGUCGAUCAAUUUUUUCAAACGAUUUGUUUGGCAAAUUUUUGAUCCUUCGAUUUAGGGUUUUGGUUAGUUUUGAAGAUCAAAAAUCAAACGAGGUAUAAUAUAUAUUCGCGAAGUUUGAGAGAUUACAAUCCGAAUUACAACAACAUAAGGUUGGAUGAUCUUGCAAUUGUCAUCUAGCUAUGACAUCAAGUACGAUAACUGGAGACCGAAGAUGGGCUUCUGCAAGAAGAGGGGGCAUGACAGUCUUGGGAAAAGUUGCUGUUCCUAAGCCUAUAAAUUUGCCUAGUCAAAGGUUGGAGAAUCAUGGUUUGGACCCCAAUGUUGAAAUUGUUCCCAAGGGCACACUUAGUUGGGGUAGUCGACCAUCAUCUUCUGGGUCAAAUGCAUGGGGUACAUCGGCGCUGUCACCAACUACUGAUGGUAGUAGCUCCUCGCCCCGUCAGUUAGUCGGCCGACCUUCGUCUAGUGGUGGCACUAGGCCAUCAACUGCUGGCAGUGACAGAGCUCAUGAUUCUAAUGGCAAUACCUGGGGUUCAAGUUCAAGGCCGUCAUCAUCCUCAGGGGUUUUGGCUUCCAACCAUGCUUCAUCAGUAUCUUUACGCCCUCGCAGUGCUGAUACCAGACCUGGUAGCUCGCACUUAUCACGGUUUGCGGAACCUGCACUUGAAGGUCCCGGGGUCUGGGGUACAAACUCGACUUCAGAACAAGUGGGGGUUGCGUCCUCUGCAAACGAAGAGUUCUCCUUAACUUCUGGAGAUUUUCCGACACUUGGUUCAGAGAAAGACGAAUCUAACACGGACAUGGAGCCCUUAGAUCGUGCUUCUCAUGGACGUCCUGGUUCCUCAGGUGGAACGAGAACCAUGACAGAUGGUAGAGGAAUUGCACAUGGUGACGAUAUUUCCAGAAACUCAGAUGUCAAAGGUAAUUCUUGGAGGAAUGAUGGUCCUCCAUUUGUUGAAGAUGGGCCUUGGCCUAACAUGGAAAGAUGGCACGGAGAGCCUCACCUGUAUCCAAACCCUAACAUGGCUCCUCAUUACGAAUCUUGGCGUGGUGCCCCACCAGUGAACCCUCCCGGAGGAGGUUGGUAUAGAGGCCCUCCUGGUCCUCCUCCUUAUGGAGGCCCUGUACCUCCUGGCGGCUUUCCUAUGGAGCCGUAUCCCUAUUAUCACCCUCAGGUUCCGGCUCCUGGUCUAGCCGGCUCUCAGCCAAUGCCCCCAGGUGCUGGUCAUCAUGGACACCGCCCUAAAAAUGGAGAUAUGCCACACAUGCCACAUGUCCCACACUUGCAUCCUGGUAUGCCUAUGAGGCCUGGGUUUUAUCCCGGCCCUGUUCAUUACGAUGGGUAUUACAGACCCCCGAUGGGAUUUUGCAAUCCCAAUGAACGAGAUUUGCCAUUCAUGGGAAUGCCAGCGGGACCUCCUAUUUAUAACAGACAUCCGAAUCAGAAUGCUCCUGAUCAAAACAAUGCCCAUCCCAGGUCACGGGAAGGUAGAGGGCCUGAACAAGUAGAGCCUGGUCAUCCACAUGAUCCCCGAGGUCACUUCAAAGUCUUAGGGCAUCCAAAUGAUAGCUGGACUCAAAAUGAGGAAGAGAAGUGGGGACAUAGAGGGACUAUCACUCGCGAGAAGGGGACUUUAUCUAAGGCACCGGUGCAGGAAAAUGCCUGGGAAGAUGAUUACAAGAAGGAUGAGGGUGUUCAUUAUGGAAAAAGUGCAACCAAAGAAGUUGCUUCUCGUUUCGAUAAUAAAUUUACCUCUAACCCUUCUAGUGGGAAGUUUCCUGAAUGUUUGAGCAAUAUAGAUGAAACUCAGAUAAGUCCUACCAUGGAGAAUGUAGUUUCUCCCCAAGAUCAUUCUUUGAUACAGAAGAUAGAAGGUUUAAAUGCUAAGACGCGUUCCACUGGUCGUAAAGAGGAGGGUUUUCAUAGGGAGGGGCCAAAUGACAGGGUGCAAAUGAUCAACGCCAAGGAUUAUCGAUCAGCAAAUGAAGCUAAUUCUGAUGUUGUUCUGGAACGCCAUCAUCCCACUGGAGUCCUUGUCCCAGUUUCCCGGAGUAAAGAUGCUUCGGCAGCUGAUAGAAGUCGAGAAUCAUCAGAUGCCCCAAGGAGAUCUGUACGUGGACCACAAAGUAGAGGAAAUUCUCAUGCAAAAGGAGGGUUUCAUGGGCAGGAUGCUGAUAGAUGGGGAAAGAAAUCAGAUUCUCAGUCUGUGGAAGCUGCUUCCAGAUCAGUUACUGACGAUCAAGUUGAACAACACAAUGCAGCUGUACAUACUGCUGAACCAUCAAGGACAAAUGUUAAGGCGAAAGGUGAUGCGGAGUCUAAAGUGUCCAGUAUUGAUCCUAGUGAUAUGCAGCGUGCUAAAAUGAGAGAGAUAGCAAAGCAACGCUCAAUCCAGUUACAGAAGGAAGAGGAAGAGCGGGUUAGAGAACAGAAGGCAAAGGCACUUGCUAAACUCGAAGAACUGAAUAGGCGCAGUGCUAACCAGGGUGUGGAAAAUCCAAAUCAGAGAGAACCUAUCCCACCACCUGGCGAUGUUCCAAAGAAGGAAGAUGUUUCUAGAAAUCAGUCUGAUUCAAGUGUGGAUGCCAAUCACGGCACUGGGUCAAGCUCAGCUUCUCCUAAUAAUGUCGCUCAGAUUAAUGAAAGAAGUGCUAGUAAAAUCAUGGAUUCUGUUUUAUCUUCAAGUCACCUGGUUGCUGAGACCAAGAGAAGUGCUUAUCAGGAGGCUUCCUUCUCGUCACAGAAUCAAUUGCCAACAGCUGAUGUUAAUGUUGAUGAUGAUGCUAGUCACAGAACUGCACCUCAAGUUCGUGAAGUCUCAAAGCAGAAGCGGGGAGGUCAAAAACAAAGGCAAAGUGUUCCUCCAGAAAAGAAUCCUGUACAAGAUACAAUUCCUGCUGGUAUAACAGAUGUCUUGAAGGAUCUUAAGGUUGCAAGUACAACCCGAGAAGUUACUGGUAGUUCUGUUGAUUCAGGGGUUGGAAAAGAGCAUGCCGAAUCCCCUAUUACUGCUGAAUUGCCUGUUCAAAAAAAGAAAAUCAACAAGAGCGGGAAGAACAGACACAAGGUCGAGGAGUCGUCAACAGCUGUUUCUUCACCGGUAACUCAACCGAAGGAUUCGAAUCUUGCUCAAGCUAUCCCCAAAAGUGCAGAGCAGAAUUGUUCCAGCUUGCCUGUUAAUUCCUUACCCAUGCAGUUGUCAGCUGAUCUUAAAGAUGUUAUUCAGUCCUCAGAAAACCACACGUCGUUAUCUCGUGAAGAUACUCAUGGUAGAGUUAAUAGUACCUGGAAAGCUCAGCAUUCUCGUAAGCCCAGAAAUUCACAAAGUAAUAAAUCAUCUGAAAAACCUCACAACAAUGAUGCUGUUGUUUGGGCGCCAGUUCGACCUCAUAGUAAACUUGAGGUUACUGACCAAACCAGUCAGAAGGCUGCCGAACCUUUAGUUUCUCCAGCAACAGGAGAUAGUUUGGUGCUGAAUAGCUCCAAAACUAAAAGGGCCGAGAUGGAAAGAUAUGUUCCUAAGCCUGUAGCCAAAGAGCUGGCACAGCAAGGAAGUAUUCAACAACCUUUAUCUCCUUCAAUUGAUCCAGCAGAAACUGAUGGUAGUGGUGGAAGAGAUAGGGCUUCUCACGGCUCUGAAUAUGCCAUGAAGGCAGGGGCUAGUGUGGAAUCUAAACAUGUGGAUGGUAAGAAUAGACAUCAAAAGGCUCAGGGAUCAUGGCGUCAACGUGCUUCUGCUAAAUCAACACUGGUCCAAGCUUCCCAAGACAGUUCUGCAGCUAACACUGGCAAGAAUAUCCAAACUAACGGGUCUCAGUUGACUGUCAGAUCUGAUGAAUCCUUGGUUAGAGGACCACCAUCUAAACCUGAUGAACACUCAGAGAAGGGACCACAAACCAGCAUAUCUGAUGGGUGGGAGAGUGUGACUGAUUCGACCUCCAAUCCGUUGACUGGUGCAAAAGACCACAUUCCAACUGGAAAGGGGAAAAGGCACCCAUUUAAGGGGCAAAAAGGCGGCGGAAGUCAUCAGACUCAUGAUCAUAAAGAUUCAAAUGCUGGUUUGACUGACCUUCAAUAUUCUCACGUGGAGGCAAAUCAAACGGAUAAGACAAUGGCUUCAAAAGAUAACCGAGCAGCUGGGGACCGCCCUGUACCUCAUUGGCAACCCAAGUCUCAGGGUUAUGUUGCACAUAAUCAGCAAGGAAACAGGUCUCGUGGCAGUCAGAAUAUUAUCCCGGAAGAAAAGGAGCCCCUGAAAAGCGAGACUGGUCCUAAAGGUGGUUCACAUUCUUUGUCACAACGUAGUAGUCAAUCUGUCGUUAAAGACCCUACACUGACUUCUGAAACUAAAGGUGCAGGUGAAGCAAUGCCUAGAACAGGACAUCAGGAAGCUAAGCGAGAUAAGAGAGUUGCUGUGAAAAGGCAUCCUCAAUCUCCUAUUCAGGAACCACAAGCUUCACCAGCUGAGGUUGAACCUGCUCUAUUUGGAGGAUUGGAUGGACGUAAUGAGCAGCGUCCUUCCUCUGGGUAUCGCAAGAAUGCAAAUUUUAGUGGUCGUUCUAAUCGAGGACAUGAAUCUCAUGGGGAUUGGGGAACAACAGCCCAAGAAAACAAGCAGCAUUUUUCGUCUGCUAAUAAUCGAGAGAGACAGAGGCAGAACACUCAUUAUGAGUACCAGCCCGUGGGACCCUACAAUGGGAGCAGUAAAUCAAAUGAGCCCGGGGUGCAAACCGAGAAUCAAUCUGCAGCUCCACGAUUCCGAGAGAGGGGACCGAGUCAUUCAAGGCGUGGUAGGGGAAAUUUUGACGGGAGACAAAGUGGUAACGAAUGACUGGUAUCUGAAUUUAAAGCCCGGUAGUGAUGCUUUAGUUCGGUUCUUAUUCAUCCAGAGAUAUAGCCUUGAUUUGCAUCCUUUCUCGCAGCAGGUAAUGUGUCAUUAUUAAAGAGUGAAUUUAUUUAACCCCGGUUUGGAUAGUGAAGUUCGGUGGUUUGACUGUUCAUGACCUCAGGAUGAAGGGGCUAUUGAUGGUGCAGAUAAUAUGAAUCAUUUGGGCUAGCUGGAGCUAGGAGGUGCUUUCCCAAAUAUUUCGUAUUUUUAUUAUUUUUAUUUGAUUUUUACUUUAAAAUGUAUCCCCCCUUAACUAGUAGUUAGGUCAUGGAAUUUUUUUUUAAGCGGUGGCUCGUGGUACCUUUCGCCAUUUUUGGCCGAAAGCCCUCCUUUGUAUGUAUUAAUCCUUAUUCCUAGUGCUCAAAUGACAAGCAAUUGCCAAUAUGGAAAUGGGAAAUUGUUCUCUGAUUCCACUUUGUGUAAAAGAACAAAAUGCUUUCUUUUCAUUUCUCACUAAUUUUGUUCUGAUCCUUU